UGGAUCAGCAGACUGCCCUGGCUAGUGCGUCCUCUCCACAGUCUCUGACAAUCCCGAUGCUGCUCGUUUGCAUAGUUCUUGCCUCUGUGCUGGUCCAGUCUUCCAGCUUCUUGACACCGUUUCCCGUUAGCACAAGCAGAAACAGCAACUCUGCCAUCAAGAGCUUCAGAAUGGGAAUGGAUCACCUCAAGAUUGGUUCGGAUGCCCCAGCUUUCUCAGUGAAAGACCAGGACGGUGCCGAGGUCACCUUGGCGUCGUUCAAGGGCCAGAAGAACGUCAUCGUGUACUUUUAUCCGAAGGACGCCACGCCUGGUUGCACCAAGGAGGCUUGCACGUUUCGGGACCUGCAGAGCGACUACGACGCCUUGGACUGCGUCGUUCUGGGAGUUUCGGCCGACAGCGAGGCCAGCCACCAGGACUUCAUUGCGGACCUGGGCCUCAACUUCAGCCUUCUGGCAGACACCGACAGAUCCCUGAUAAACGCCUACGGCGCGAUGAAGGCCGAGGACGAAAGCAAGAUCCAGAGGAGCACGGUGGUGAUCGACAAGGAAGGCAAAGUGGCGGCAGUAUGGAAUCCGGUGACGGCGGCAGAGGAGCACCCUGUGGAGGUCCUGGAGAAGAUUAAGGGCAUGUAGACUAGCUCUCUCUGUUGGCAGGGAAGCAGUUUCACCGCGUAUGUAACCUACCGAGAAGCAAGC